AUGCAAUUGUCUACUCUCGCCCUCUUUGCCAGCUCCGCUAUCGCUGCUGAAACCUUUCAUCUCAAGAUUGUCUCAGACAACUCUGAGCUCAACGGCAAGGGAAUCCAAGGCCUUCACAAAGGCGGCGGCUUUGGCUACUUUGGUGUUUCCGACCAGCUUGGCCAGGAGUUUAACUACGAUGCUGACAAGAAGGUACUUUUCCAAAAUGAGAAUUCCUUACCGGCCAAUGUUGGUUUCAUGUUGGCAGAAAUCUAUGGAUACUUCCUUGCUGUUGGGGUUUCAGUGGAUGAAAGUGACGUUACGUUUGACGCCGAUGGCAACUUCAACAUUGGAAAGCAGCUUUAUGCUUGUAAGCAGCUCAAUGACCCUUAUCGUUAUUUCGCUGACGAGUAUGGUAUUGUUGCAAGCGAUGCACCCAACGACAGUUGUGUCAAGAUAGCUCUUCAGAAAGCUGGCAAUGAGCCUGCUUCCUCCUCUAUAGGGCUGUACGUUGCAACCUCUGUUGAGACCCCUGCCUCUUCUACCUCCAUUCAUGCUGGUUGGAACUCCACCGUCACCAAAGACAUCACUGUGACUGGCUAUACUACCUAUUGCCCAUUUGCUACCACUCUCACCAUUGCCACCUGUGAAAAUAAGGCUUGUGGCCCCAAGACCAUCACCGUUUCUGAGGCUUCCACUGUCACCAUCACGGAGGAGUGUAUUGUGCCAAAGACCUCCACCGAGCCAAAGGUAGAGACCACCGAACCUGGAGCUAAAGUGUCUAGUGCUCCGAAGUCAACUAGCCUCACUACUGUUGCUGCUGUAUCCACAUCACCUGAGACCUCAACUGCUGUGGUUUCCUCUUAUGAGGGUGGUGCCAGGAGAAAUGCAUUUGGCGUAGCGGUAGGCUUCGCCGGUGCUGCCGCUCUCUUGAUUUAG